CAAACCCUCCCCCAGGGCCGAGCUCUGCCCCUAACGCUCGGAUUCUAUCUCCCCCCAGUGAAUGUGACUCUGGAUCCUGACACGGCUCAUCCCCGACUUGUCAUGUCUGAGGAUCGGAAAAGUGUGAGAUGGGGAGACACAUGGCAGGAUCUGCCCGACAACCCUGAGAGAUUUGACUUGGAUCCCUGUGUGCUGGGCUGUGAGGGAUUCACCUCGGGGAGACAUUGCUGGGAGGUGGUGGUGGGGGUUGGGCGAUUCUGGGCUGUGGGGGUGGCCAGAGAGUCUGUGAGGAGGAAGGGAGGGAUCAGCCUCAGCCCUGAUGAGGGGAUCUGGGCUGUGGAGCGGUGGAGGGAUCAGUUCCAGGCUCUCACCUCCCCUGAGAUCCCCCUGCCCCUGAGCCAGAUCCCCAGCAGGAUCCGGGUUUGUCUGGACUGUGACCAGGGGCAGGUGACAUUUAUCGAUGCUGGUGACGAGGCCCUGAUCUUCACUUUCCCGCCAGGUUCUGUCCCUGGGGAGAGAAUCCGACCCUGGCUCUGGGUGGGGUGGGGAUCCCGGCUCAGACUGUGUCCCUGAGACUGGGGACCCUGAAAUUAGCAUCUCUAGCCUCACAUUCCCCAGUCUCUAUGACUCUGUAGGACUCCCAUCUACCCAGCCUCUGGCUCCUCAUCUCUAUGUCCCCUGGAAGCUCCUCCCCCUCUCUGCAGCCCCAGGGAUGGGAGGGGGUGGGGGGGUGAAGAACCCU